AUGGCGUUUCUGUUUGGAGGCAGAGGACGCCAGAAGCAGCCCGCCGAAAUCGCCAGAUCACUGAAGGAACUGCUGUCCAAAUUGGCUGAACCGAGCCCAAAUCCUAAGGUCGAAGAAGAUGUCGCGAAACACAUGUCCCAAAUGAAGUUGAUUGUCCAAGGCACACCUGAAGCCGAAUGCAGUCCCGAACAAGUCCACCAACUAGUCCACUGCAUUAUCCAGGAAGACAUACUUUUCGAACUGGCAAAGUCCAUCCGUCUCCUCCCCUUCGAAGCCCGCAAAGACGCCCAGAUCAUCUUCUCACAUAUCCUCCGCUUUCGAUCCCCCGGUAGCAGCGCAACAAGCGGCCAGUCCGAGCCCUCGGCGAUAUCGUACCUUGUUCUACAGCGACCCGAGAUCAUUGUCGAGUUAUGUCGUGGUUAUGAAUAUCCUCAGAGUGCGAUGCCGUGCGGAACGAUCCUGCGACAAGCAUUGCAGUACGACACGAUCGCUGCGGUGAUAUUGUAUGACGAGUCGCAGCCGGGGGAGAAGGCUGUACAGUUGAAAGAUGUGGAUAUCAGUCGCAAACAGAGUGGUCGGGGAGUGUUUUGGGAGUUCUUCACUUGGAUCAAUAAGGGGAGCUUUGAAGUCAGCGCGGAUGCCUUUACGACUUUUAGGGAAAUCUUAACCAAGCACAAACAGCUCGUCUCGCAAUACCUCAUCACAAACUACGACCUUUUCUUCAAACAACACUACAACCCGACCUUAUUACUGUCGUCUUCAUACGUCACAAAACGACAGUCUAUCAAACUCCUAGGCGAACUGCUCCUCGACCGAGCCAACUAUGUCGUCAUGACCCAAUAUGUCGCUAGCGGUGACAAUCUCAAACUCACCAUGAACCUGUUGAAGGACGACCGGAAAAUGGUGCAAUAUGAAGCCUUUCAUGUCUUCAAGGUCUUUGUGGCCAAUCCCAAUAAGAGCGAUGAAGUCAGAAGGAUCCUGAUCAAGAACCGGGGCCGAUUGUUGAGGUUUUUGCCGGGCUUUCUUGACGGGCGCACGGAUGAUGAUCAGUUCCUGGAUGAGAAGAGCUUUUUGUUGAGGCAGAUUGAGAAUUUGCCAGAGAAAGGUAGCCAGCAGGCUCUGGGUGCGGAUGGUGCUGGUGUCCGUGUGGGCGCAUGA